AUACAAAAUUUGAUCGAUUGAAGCAAAUGAAGCGCAAGCAAUAACAAGUGCAAGGGUGUGUGUUUGUGUUUGUGCGUAAGUGUGUGCCGAUGUGUAACAAAUGAUAACGCAAAGUGUUGCCACAAUUUAACGACACCGACACGUGGAAGCGCUGCUGCCUCAUUUGCACACCCUGCUUUGUUUCUUUUUUGCGCGCGAAUCAUCAUAUCGGAAAUUUUGAAUAUUUAAUUUUCACCAACGAAAAGAGAAUAAAUAAAAAAAAGUUCGCAAAAACGAAGGCAAAUCUUCAAGAAAGGAAUUCACGAAACGCAACAACGACCAAGAAGCUCACCAACACAUCAUCCGUCGACGGGAUAUCUUUACGUAUAUAGAUAUAUUUUUUUUAUUUCGAUAUUGUUUAUCAAUCCCCAACCCUUUGCUUGCUGCUGCUCCCCCACCGAUCAGCAAUAACGGCCCCUCGCAGUGAUCAGUUCAGGUCAUGGUUUUUAUAAAUAACAGAGAUGAGUAUUUACCAUUCCUGAAAGCGCCAGGAGUAAGAAUGCAAACUCCUUUGGUUAACAACGUGACGACGACCACUACGACACUAAACCGAGACGUUGCAGCGCAGGUGCAACAGCAGCAACAACAACAGCAGCUUGGCAACAUUACCAACAACAACGCGACCACCAACAAUAACAUCAACGCGAAUACACUCAUCAACAACAACAACAGCAUCAGCGUGAGCAACGCCUGCGGCACGUUGAAUGUGAGCAACAACAUAAACAACAACAACAGCCUCAACAACAAUGGCCAGCCGCAGGUUGCCCGGGCGCUGCUCAUCUGCCGACCGAAUUCUCAUCCGUUUAAUAAUCGAACACUUUACCUUGAGCCCGGCGCCCAAGCUAAGGUAGGACGGUCGGUGGCGAGAAUACGCGUCUCGGAAAACAAUGCAAUCUUCGACUGCAAGGUGCUGUCGCGCAACCAUGCCGUGCUGUGGUACAAAGAUGGUCGUUUCUUCAUCAAGGAUACGGGCAGCAGCAAUGGCACGUUCAUCAACAACAUUCGCCUCAGCCAGACGUGCACCGAGUCGGAGCCGCACGAGAUCAGCUCGGGCGACAUCGUGCAGUUCGGCGUGGACGUUAUGGAGAAUACGCGGCGCGAAACGCACGGCUGCAUUACGGCCACGCUCAAGCUCUUCCUGCCGGACGGCCGGGAAACGAAGGCCAGCCAGAAGGUGGGCAUCGGGGGGCAGAGCGCCAUCAUACCGCCGGUCGAUCUGUACCGAUUGAAUCAGUACAUCCAGGAGGCGAAUCAGCGCGAACAGAUACUCGAGACGAAGCUGAUCAGCCUGCAGAAGAUGGUUGAGUCGACCAAGCAAAAUUCCUUCCUGGGCUGGCAGGCGAUGAUCGACGAGGAUCGGCUGCUGAGUCGGAUCGAUAUGCUGGAGAAGAAGCUACAGUACUGCCAGAAGAACAUCACCGAGGACAAGCUGCGGGAGGAGCUGCUGAAGCUGGUGGACGAGAAGGAGGAGUACCAGAACGCGGCCAAGGAGGCUAUGUACAAACUGCACCAGGAGCGGCACGAAGCCGUGCACAAGCAGAUCUCGCUCGAGAAAGCGCUCUGCACCAGCGAGGAUGAGUGUUCGCUGUUGCGGGAGCAGCUCAGCAAAACGAAGCAGCAGUUGCAGGAAAUGACCGUCUGUAUGGAUACGCUGAAGAGCCAGUACGAUGAAAAGGUGGCGUCGAGCGAGGAGCAACUGAAGGCGAAAGAGUCCGAAAUUACCAGUCUCACGCACAAGCUCGACCACUUCGUUGACGUUUAUGCGAUCGGAUCAUCAGACGACGAGCAGCAGCAGCAACAGCAACAGCAGAUACACAGUUCGGCCAUGUCGAACUGGUUGAAGAACUCAGAUAUUAAGAAACUGGAAGGAUCUGAAGACAUAAUUAAGGCCAUUUGUAAUGAUACUCAGGAAAGCGAGAUUACCGGUAGUGAUUACACGGAAGGACUGACGAAGCUGCAACGACGCAUUAAUACGCUUGAGAAAAAUUUCACCCUACUAUUCGGAGGAGAUCUAAAGUCGGAAAAUGAAUCAGGCGACUCGAACGAUCUGGAGAACGAUACAACGGACCCGAUCGAGCUGACGGGGACAACCAAUGCGACAACGAUCCCGGCGGGUGAUGCUAAACCAGAUGAUGACGCACCAACCGGAGACGCAAGCACGCUAGUGCGUGGAGCAGAAAAUGGACCGGCGGCGACGCUGCUGCCGGUGGAAUGCGAUGGCAAUCAGAACGAUGUGAACAGUGCCAGUCCCACCAGCAAUCGCAACGGUGCUGGGGAUGGCGAAGAUGCCGGUGUUGGCGCUACGACGCAAAGCGAACAGGGCGGAGCUGUGCCGGAGGGACAGGAAACGCUUGUUGGAGGUGGUGCAACGACGGUACCCGUGACGGCCGCUGCACCGCCGUACGGCGGCCAGGCAGCAGAUCAGAUCAAUCAGAACGUGCUGAAGCGGAACAUUCGGCUGAUCAAGAACGACUGCAUGACGCUGUUGCGGCAGGUCGAGCGAACGAUAGCGCAGAAACAAUCGGAACAGAUCAUCCAGAAGGCCAAGUACGACGAGCUGGAGACGGAGCUGUUGGCGUUCAAGGCGGAACUGGAAAGCCGACCGAAACAGGACGAGCUGGAUCAGAAGCAGCAGCUUUGUGAUAGCCUCGCCGAGAACCUUUCGACGCUACGGAACGAGGUAGAUGAGCUGCGCACGCUCAACGAUCGCUGUCAGCUAGAGAUGGAGCGCAUGGAGAUCGAGCUGCUGAAGCAGAAAAAUAUCGAAAACGAAAAGAUCAGUGCAAUGGCCGCAGCUGCGGCAGCAGCGGCAGCGGCGGCGGCGGCGGCGGCAUCGGCCACUCAGCCAUCCGCCGAGGAAACGGUUUCGGUUGUGGUAAAGGAAGAGCAGGAAUUGCUGCAAACCAGUGCCACCGAAAAGGAGGAACCGAUGGAAAAGUCCUCCUCGACGCCGGAAUCGGAAUCAACUGCAAAGGACGCAGUGAAGGAGGAGCACCAGCACCACCACCAGCAAACGCAGGAAACGCUGAUGAUGAUGCCGACGACGCUGCUGGUGGUGACGGACAAUGCACCGGUGGCGGAAAUGCCCUCACCCGUCCUAAUACCCACGGUACCGAUGGUGGACGUGGAAACGCAAACCGACGCACUUCCCGAGGUGCCUGUGGUGGUGGUGCCGAGUAUGCCCGUACCAGAUCUACCUCUAGCGGCCGCUGCCACGUCCGAUGCGACCGACACGAGUGGCGAUGGAGAUGGAGGCGACGCGUCGAUCUGCUCCAAUCUGGACGAUCUGGACGACGAUGACGAGGACGAUGACGAGAAGACGGAAACCAUCGAAGCGACCGCCCUGUACAAUGCGCCAGUGUUGGACAUGGUCAUUGAUCCCAUUACCGCAGCACCCCGCGAUGUCAGUGUAACGGACAAACCGUGUGAAGGUAGUGGCAAUGGUGGUAGUGCUCUGCUGAUGGCUUACCCCGCAGACAAUGCCGCCGGCGACGGUAAGGAGGAGCAGCUGGGGACAAGCGCGAUCGAUUACGAGCUGGCCAUGAUCAACCAUCCGGAUGUGCAGCGGGAGGAGGAACUGAUCGCGUUCAAGGAGAAGUACUCCCACCUGAGCGAGGAGCACGUGCGGCUGCAGCAGCAGCUGCAGCAGCUGUCCCAGAACCUGAGCCAAUCCCGGCACUGGUUGACACUGCAGAUAGCGGCCUGCAUCGUGCCAGUCUUGGCCAUAGUUUGCUACUUUCUGAUCGGUCGGUCGUAAUGCUUGGUUUGAGCGUCGCAAUCUGUAGGUUAUAGAGAGAGAGAGAGAGAGAGAGAGAGAGAGAGAGAGAGAGAGAGAGAGAGAGAGAGAGAGAGAGAGAGAUAUGCCAGGCACACAACGGGGCAUUAGUUUAGCUCGAAAAGCAAUCCCGACUCGGUAACAACACCUUUUGCCACGGAAGAGGGAGACGCGCUACAAGAGACAGGAAAAGGGAGUGCGCGUAGUAGUAGUGAAAUAUAAAUGAAUGUGUUGCUGCAGGAUUAAAUUGUUGUUCAGAAAUGGUUAGUUUUCCGGAUUCUUUUUUUACUUUAUCUUUUACUAUUACCUUUUGUUUUUUUUUUUUGUUGAUGUGCAACGCCCGUCUGAGAGGAAGCCAAGCGAAAAUGGGGCAAAAAAAUUAUCUCGUUAUAUCGUUAGUGUACCGUUAGUUAACAAGAAAUGAAAGGAGACAACACCCACACACACACACACCCCCAUAAUGUUUCUUUUUUUCUCUUCUGUUGUUUAUAGAUAUUAUUUAUUAUUAAAACAUUUGCAAAAUGGUCCGCACCAGCCAGACGCGGGGGUAUGGGGGUUUUGGGCGGUUGUUUAGUGUCUGUGUACUGUCCGGUUAGUAGAAUUGUGAAGUAAAGUGUAGCAUUAUUGAAAUGUUUUUUUUUGUUGCAUUAUAACCCGGUUCCGUUUCUGUUGUGGGAGGGAAAACAAUCUCACUUUGCAUAUUAAACCUAUCCCCCUCCACGCACACACACAAGCAUACAAACCGCAAAGUAGAAUCCCUCCUUCCGCCGUUGUAAAUUCAUAUAAUCGACAGUACUGUAUUUAUUAACCAUUAAAACCCGACGCUAAUUUUAUCGGCAAACGCUUCUGCCGAUGAAGUCUGCCCUCCCCAUUUACCCUCGGGAAAAGGAGAAGAAUCAAUAAUUAAUAUUACUAAUAAUACAGUUUAAGACACAGAGCGAGAGAGAGAGAGAAAGAGAAGAGUGCGGAUGAAAUAUCAGAAAAGUAGGCCAAGAAUACUGUUGGAUGUAGGACGAGGAGAAGAAAAAAAGGUCCGAUGGGGGAGUCCGAAAUCGCUGUACCAGUUAAAAAUGACGAGCAAUAAGCAAGUGUGUGUAAGGAUUGCGCCUGAAUGAUUGCAUGAUAAUGCAAGUGCGUGCGUGUCUGUGUGUAGUGAGUGUAUGAGUGAUAAAGUGAAACCCAAAUGCAAAAGUGUGUUGGAAGAAAGUUAUGGAAGAAAUGUUUGUAACGAUGGUAGGGGCGAUGUGUGCAGAGUAACAGAGGCGUGCUUCUCUCUUGCAGGGCUUCAUUUUCUCUUUGUUCCCCGUUGAAUACGAAGUCCGCAAGGCCAAAUUCAUCACCUUCCGCGUGUGUGUUUGUCUCCUAUGCACCGACUCACAUGAGAGUGUGUGAGAACAGCAAGGGACAAAAAAGGGAGGAAGGUGCAGUUUCGAAUAUCAGAACCUUCUAAAAGCACGAAUGAUCCCCGGAUCCCGUUUAUAGGCUAGAGCUUUUGUAUGAAUCUAUAUAAGACCGCCCAAACAGUACGUUUAAUGCUACCACUACUACUACUACUACAAUUACUAUUACUACCAGUACUACUAAUAUCGCUUGGAAAACCCGUUGGGACACACUACCGGCAUUUUGCAUCGCAGCACACAUUGACAAAGUCGUCCACGCUACCGAAACACGUUUCUUCCUGUACGAUGACAGCAGUGUGCGGGGAAUAAGCUGACAGGGCAUUGAAAAGGAUACCAUUUUGGCGGAAGGGAGUUUGGUUUGCUGUGGCCAUUAGGGGAAUGCAAAGUA